GUGGUAAAGACAAUAACAGUGUUAUCAGUAGAGCUAUCAGUCUUGUCAAUUUGACGUUAUAAACAAGCUGUUUCAGUUCAUUAUCUUUAUUACCAAUGUUAUUAACAUAUUUCAGUUUAUUUACAAAUAUUAAUCGAUUAAAGUACUUAAAUAAAUAGUAAUACCUAAAUCAAAAUUGAGAUGGCUACUUCAAGUACAAUGAGGGAAGAGUAUGAAGACUGCAUUUCUCAACAAAUAAGCGAAUAUGAAUUAUUGAAAUCUAUGUAUCCUAAUCCGGGAGAAUUGAUAUUAAACGACAAAAGUGUAAUAAAUGAAAUGAAUAACUUUUUAAAUAACAAGACAGAGAGCAUUCCUGGUCAUUUAGAUUUCAAACUCAAUCUUUUAAUAGAAGAACUCAAAUUGAAGUUAGAGGUUUUCGUGAAUUUGCACAGUUUGUAUCCAAAAAAGGAGCCAGAAAUUUAUGUAAGAUGCAAUAAUAUGAAUAGACAGAACGAAUCAAAUUUAAACUCGGAGCUCAUGAACUAUAUUAAAGAAAACAGUUUUGGGGAAGUUUGUCUCUACACAGCAAUCUCUUGGCUGCAAGAAAAUGUGCACAAAUAUAAUAUAAUUACAGAAAAUACAAGUUCUAAAGCAAGCGAAGUCAAUGAAACUGAAGAUGAAUAUGCAAGACUUUGGAUAUAUUCUCAUCAUAUUUACAAUAAGAGGAAGAGAGAUGAAAUAGUAAAAAAAGCUCGGGAAUUAAAAUUAACAGGAUUUUCCUUACCCGGCAAACCUGGCAUAAUAUGUGUUGAAGGUUUUCAUAAUGACUGUAUAGAAUGGUGGAAACACAUUAAAGCUAUGUGUUGGAAAAAAAUUAUGAUUAGAAAGUCUGAAAUAUUUGAUGUCAGUGAAAAAAAUACUUAUAAGAAAUUUUCUUCUUUUGAAGAGCUUAUGUUUACAAAUACUCUUAUUAAUAAAUGCUCACCAAUGAGUGAACUAUCAAAACUACUUCAUGAUCGGGGACUUGGCCCAAUUUUUAAUGAAUUAUUUGGAUUAGGUAAUGAUGACUGAUAUUAUUAUGUUCAUUAAAUUUUUUUGAUAAUUG